GUUAGGACCAAUUAGGACUUAUUAUACGGUCAAACAAAAGUUUUUUAAUUUAAACUUUAUAUAAUACACAAAAUGAAUACGUUAUCAAAUAGUUUAUUUACCUUUUCAAAGUGCUUUGGCCAGAAUCCUAUCUAUUUGAGGUGGUACGUAGCAGCACAAAAGUGUAACUAUUCAAGACCAACUAGUUUCCCAGACUAUUUUCAAAACCCUAUAUUUAGAAAAGAAGAUCAAGCUCUUUUAAUUGAAAAAUCAGAACUUUCAAAAUAUGCUGCUGUGCCAGUUAAACCACCUGCAUCUUAUGAAACUUCAUCAGUGUACCAUGACCCAUUGGUCAACAAAGUCAUAAAUCAUGUUAUGGAGAUGGGCAAAAAGACAUUGGCUCGAAGUCUUGUUGAAAAAGCAUUUGAAAAUAUUAAAAGGUGGCAGAUUGAAAGAUACCACCUUGCGUCAACACCUGAGGACAAAGCCAAGAUAGUGCUGAAUCCCAAAGAGAUUCUGCACUUGGCUGUAGUCAACUGUAAACCCUUGUUACAGCUCUCACCUAUUAAAAGAGGGGGUAUCACUUACCAGGUACCAGGACCUAUUACAGAAAAAAGGUCUUUAUUCUUAGCAAUUAAAUGGCUUUUAGAGGCAACUAAUGACAAAGACAGAACAAUACAUUUUCCAGAGCAAUUUGCUAGAGAGCUUCUGGAUGCAGCCAACAAUACUGGAAAGGUUGUGAAAAGGAAGCAGGAUUUGCACAGGCAGUGUGAAGCUAAUAGGGCUUAUGCUCAUUACAGAUGGCAAUAGUCUUAGAGAGAUGUUUUAGUAAUAAAGUAUAGUUGAUCAAA